AUGGCAUUGAAUUUGGAGAAUGUGGUAGGUUUCAAAGUUCAAAUUACAAAUGUUUUGGAUGCUGUUACAGAAGGGUUUAUUUACUCGUUUAAUUCGCAGAAUAAUACCAUUACACUGCAGGUUUCCAGGAAAAAUCAGUCUCGAAAAUCGUUUAAGAUCAUUAAUUGUCAAUUCAUUAAAACUUUGAAAGUAAUUGGCGAAAAACCUCCAAACAAUCUAAACACAUUCAAGAAGACAUCCAUAAGACCAAGUCAAGUUAAUUUAAAUAGAGUAGAUCAGUAUUUGAAUGAACAAUUAACGAAAAAUGCUCUGAGUUAUAGAUUAAAGGGUAAAAACGUGAGUAUUGAGGGUCAAGCAAUUUUUGAUGCAUUAUAUAAGACAUUUUCGGAUACAAAAUGGAUAGGGUCAAAGAUCAUAGUUCUAGACAAUGUUGAAAUAGUAGAACCAUAUAAAUUCGAUAGUGUUAAAGCAUUGAAUGAGAAUGAUCACACAAGUGCAGACUCGAUCGAUAUGGUCAAACGUAUUGUUCAGAGAUCUUGGGAAGAUUUGAAUGCUGCAUACAUGAAUAAUAAUGUUCUUGAAAAUGAUGAUGUUUAUGAUGAUGAUGAUAAUAGAAAAGGUGGUUAA